AAUUAAUUUCGAAAAAAGAAACUCAUCUCUGUUAGUGGCAAGAAAAAUUCAAACCUACCUUAGCAGUUACAAAUCUAUGGUAAUCUUUAAACUAAGUAGUUGUAAACAAACAAGGAUGAGUAAGAAGUAGGAAUAAGAACAAGGAUACAAUAAAAAUUUGAAUUUAUUUCUGUGUAAGAAGUUUAUAUACUAAUCUUUUCAGCAAGUAUAAUGACAGAAAUUCAAAGUAUCAUUUAUCGAAGAACAUAACCUAUGAAUAUAAUGGUUUAAGAUUUUUUUAAAGAUAUGAGCAUCAUUGAUAUUAUAAAAGUGUACUGCACGUUUACGAAUCUUCCUAUAAUCUACCUAUAAGUUAUUUCAACAUUUUUUGGAGUUACGCAUUUGCUAUUGUUGUAUUUUCCAACAUAAAAGAAAAAAUGGAUCAGAUGUUGCCCAGUCCCGGAUUUAGCAUACCAAGCAUUGGUACUCCUUUACAUCAGCCAGAGGAGGAUCAGCAAAUUUUGCCUAAUGCGUUACAACAACAGCAACAGCAACAAUCACAGCAACCACAACAACAAUAUCAAUUACAACAAUUGCAUGCUAUGAGUCCUAACAUCCAAAGUGGAAUGCUUAUGAUUGGGACGCCACAAAAAACUAUGCAUGCCUAUGCAACAGCACCUACUUUUGCAACACCACAAAGUCUUAUGCAACCACAGACACCGCAAAAUAUGAUGUCUCCACAUCUACAAAAUAGUAAUCAUAUAGCUCCUCCAUCUAUAGCGCCGUCUACUCCUGGUCCUAUGACACCUAUGACACCAGCUUCUGCAGAUCCAGCAAUACUACCACAACUUCAGAAUAUUGUUUCUACAGUUAAUUUAAACUGCAAGUUAGAUUUAAAAAAAAUAGCUCUUCAUGCUAGAAAUGCAGAAUAUAAUCCAAAGAGAUUUGCCGCAGUUAUUAUGAGGAUAAGGGAACCAAGAACUACUGCUUUAAUAUUUAGUAGUGGAAAAAUGGUUUGCACUGGAGCAAAAAGUGAAGAAGAUUCUCGAUUGGCUGCAAGAAAGUAUGCCAGAAUUAUUCAAAAGCUUGGUUUUCCAGCAAAAUUUCUUGAUUUCAAAAUACAAAACAUGGUAGGCAGCUGUGAUGUAAAAUUUCCAAUUAGAUUAGAAGGAUUAGUACUUACACAUGGACAAUUCUCUUCAUAUGAACCAGAACUCUUCCCUGGAUUAAUAUAUCGUAUGGUUAAACCCAGAAUCGUUCUACUGAUAUUUGUUUCAGGAAAAGUAGUUUUAACAGGAGCAAAAGUUAGGCAGGAGAUCUAUGAAGCAUUUGAUAAUAUCUAUCCUAUUUUGAAGAGUUUUAAAAAGCAAUGAAUUUAUUUUUCUUUAAAACCGUUAAUAUUAUGCGUUACGUGGGUAAAACUGAGCAGGAUCUUCAAAAUUUAUCCUCAUGGAAUAACCUGAAAAAAUACCGACCACUUAGGAAGUAAAGUGUCUUCUCGAUAACAUGGUGCCUUGAUCGAGAGGUAGCUAUUGCUAUACAAUUUGAUUUUUAACUUAUAUAUUUAUAUAAUGUACAUAUUAUUGGUGUAAAACAAAUUUUAUUUUAUUUAAUGCACUAAGUAUAGUUCCAAUUAAAUAGA